AACAUGAGCCGCCGCCAGCGCGUAUCAGUACUGUUCUAUUUUUAACCCCCACCGCCGACCUGCUCGGCCUCUCUUGCACAUCGCCGACCGACAUAAAGCAGGCGACACGACGUGCGGCGCCGCCAGCGAGAUGGAGACGAUACGACGGCGUACAAAUCGGUGAUUGAGCGAAGCGGCUGCUGAACAUUCAGUUUUUGCAAAGGCAAGAAGAAAAGAUGGAAGAAGGACAUGGGCGAGAAAAGGAGGAGACGGCGUCACUGCCGUCACCGCCCUCACGGCCCUCUGUGGCUGAACUUGCCGGAAGGUUCAAAGUUUCGUCUCCUCCCAUUGCCAGCGAGACAGAAGCGCCAGUCAGACGUCGAGCCCCUCGCUCUUUACAACUGCCAAAAAGCCAUGAAGAUGAGCAGGAGAGACCUUCUGGCGUGACUUCACCUGUCAAAGCCAAGAGGAACUCUGCCCUGGUUGAGAAGCUUCAGGCCAACCUUGCUCUGUCCCCCGCUGCCCUGCUGCCCUUGCCCAUGAGCCCUAGCUUCAGGCUGCCGCCGCUCUUCAAACCGCCGACACCCACCACAGGGAGCCCCUCGUCCACGCCGACGUCUCCCGGCCCCGAUUUUACACCUCUGGCAAGUGAGGAGGAGGGACCGGUGUCAUUUGAAGCUCCACCCGCAGCGGCGGCAGAGGGAUGCCUCUUGAACGUCAGCAAGAGCCGAGCGCGCCACUCUAUCAGGCGACGCCCUCCUUCCCGCCGCCGCGCGAAGUCCGGUAGUGGAGAAGAAGUGGGCGUGGCCACAGAGGAGUUGGACACCGGCAAAAGCCAAUCAAACCGUAACACGACCCCGGGAGCGGCUGAUGUCUUUGCUCAUGACAACAGGAAUCGUUCCAAGGAGGGCGCAUCAGAAGAAGGCCGCAGUGAUGAGCAAGGAGAAGGCAGCAGUGAGAGGCAGGUUGAUCGAGAGGAGGAGAACCAGGAAAAAAACCUCAGGAGAGGCGGAAUGAGACAAUGAGACAGAGAGAUGACGACGGACAGCUUUUCCAAAUGCGUGCAACUGAACACUUUUCCUCUUUGAACACUGAUCACAAUUUUCCCAUUUUGAGCCUCGUCCCUGCUUCUGUCAAGAGAUUUGUGGUCACUCAAACAUCCACUUGAAUAAUUCAUCAUCAAAAGAAAGCGUGAAGCACCCGCCACCCGACUUCGUGACGUCAGCGGCAUUCCGCUAUUGCCCUGUCCUUGAACGUCUUUAGCUGACAAGAGGAUUUCCCCCAAUUUGGCACCCUUAACACAGUUGCGUCGUCCUUAACCCCCACUAAGGUUCAUUUCAGGAAAGGACCAAAAGGGGAAACCUUGCCCGCCGUGGGUUUAAUCUCAUUGCCAUAUGCACUCUGAUCUAACACUGUGCCUACAAAUAAACACACAAGUGGACAUUCACUUGUGAGGUCAAAGGUC